UCCUGCGGCCGGCCGCAGAGGGGUGCAUGGCAGCGGCUCCCGUUGCCGAGCCGCGCUCUGCUCCGCGCCAGCGUCCGCAGCAACUUUGCCGCUCCGCAGGCUGCGGAAGCGGGGCGAUGUGACAGCGCACCCGGCGGCGGAGCCUCCCCUGCAGCGCGGACCAGCGCGGAGCGGAGUCCUCCCAACCUCCCUCCUCGGCGGGGCGGAGCGGAGCCCCCCCCCGCCUCCAUCCUCGGCGGAACAGCGCGGAACGGAGUGGAGCCCCUCGCCUCUCUUCCUCCUUCCCUGCCUCCCUCCCUCCCCGGCGGCGGCCGCAGCCCGGGGCGGGAGCGCGGAUGCGGCGCGGAGCCCGGCGGAGCCCAUCGCGGGGCCGGGGCCGGGCGGCGCGAAGAGCGGGGGGAUGCUGAGCCUCGCCUCCCGGCACCGCGCCCGCCGCCGGGAGAUGCUCCUCGUGCUCGCUCUGUGGCUGGCGUGGCAAGAAGCGCCCGCGGCGCCGACCCCUGCGGCGGAGGACAUCACCCGGGGAGUUGACUGGCUGACAAAAUUUGGGUAUCUGCCUCCUCCGGACCCUGUCACAGGGCAGCUGCAGACGCAGGAGGAGCUCACCAAGGCCAUCACUGCCAUGCAGAGGUUCGGAGGGCUUGAGGCCACAGGAGUCCUAGAUGAAGCCACCCUGGAGCUGAUGAAGACCCCUCGCUGCUCUCUGCCCGACCUCAGCAUUGCAGAGACCAGGAGGAAGCGAUUUGCCCAGGCUGUCACCAAGUGGAGCAAAAGGAAUUUGUCCUGGAGAGUUCGCACCUUCCCAAAAGAGUCCCACCUGGGCCACGACACUGUCCGAGCCCUGAUGUAUUAUGCCCUGAAGGUCUGGAGUGACAUCACCCCGCUGAAUUUCCAUGAAGUGGCAGGAAACAAUGCUGACAUCCAGAUAGACUUCUCCAAGGCAGAUCACCAUGAUGGCUAUCCCUUCGACGGGCCUGGUGGGACGGUGGCACAUGCUUUCUUCCCUGGAGACCAUCACACAGCAGGGGACACUCAUUUUGACGAUGACGAAUAUUGGACCUUCCGAUCAUCAGACACUCAUGGGAUGGACCUAUUUGCUGUAGCUGUCCAUGAGUUUGGCCAUGCCAUUGGCUUGACCCACAUCUCUGCCAUAGAGUCUAUCAUGAGACCCUACUACCAAGGUCCAGUGGGGGAUCCUCUGAAGUACGACCUGCCUUACGAGGACAAAGUCCGGAUCUGGCAACUCUAUGGAGUCAGGGAAUCUGUGUCCCCCACAGCCAAGCCUGAAGUAAGUGAAACAGAUGACCAUCCAAUCCUGCCAGAGCUGCCAGAGAACCGCUCCACUGUCCAGCUCAGGCGGGAUGUGCCCAACAGGUGCAACACGCACUUCGAUGCAGUGGCCCAGAUCCGAGGAGAGGCUUUCUUCUUCAAAGGCAAGUACUUCUGGAGACUGACUCGCAAUAAGCACUUGGUCUCCCUCCAGCCGGCUCAGAUCCACCGUUUCUGGCGGGGCUUGCCGCUCAACCUGGACAGCCUGGAUGCAGUCUACGAGAGAACCAGUGACCACAAGAUUGUCUUCUUCAAAGGAGACAGAUACUGGGUCUUCAAAGACAACAACGUGGAGGAAGGGUACCCGCGGCCCAUUUCGGACUUUGGCCUGCCCCUGGGAGGAAUCGACGCCGCUUUCUCUUGGGCUCACAAUGACAAGACUUAUUUCUUUAAGGACAAUCUCUACUGGCGCUACGAUGACCAUGAGCGGAGGAUGGACCCCGGCUAUCCUUCGGCGGCCAUCCUGUGGAAGGGAAUACCCAGCCCUUUAGAUGAUGCCAUGAGGUGGUCAGAUGGUGCAAGUUACUUCUUCAAGGGCAAGGAGUACUGGAAGGUGCUGGACAGCGAGCUGGAGGUGCACCCCGGGUACCCACAGUCCAUCGCCAGGGACUGGCUGGUGUGCACUGACAUGCAGGCUGAUGCCCCCGAGGCAGCCGGGAGCAGCAGGACUGGGGCGCGCUCCAGGCCGGGGCAGCACGACGAGAGCCGCUCGAAGAAUGGUUACGAGGUCUGCUCCUGCACCUCGGGCACCCCGUCCCUGUGCCCUCACCCCACACCCAGACUGACAGUCAGCCUCGUGCUGGCUGUGUGGACAGCAACACUGCUCUGUGCAGCGCUAUGACAGCUCACCUCACCAGCAGGACGACACCACAGUGCUCCAGGAUACAAUUCCACGAUGGCUAACUGUUCCAAGCAGAAAAAAAAAACAUUCCUAGGAACAUGCCAGUGAAGGGUUUGAAUUCUCCAUGAGAAAUGAACAGUGGUUUUGUUUUGGGGUUUUCUUUCUUUUAAAUUCUAGUUUAAAGGUCUAAUAACAGAUUUGAGUUCUGCACCUUCUCAUUCCCCCAUCCAGUUAAAGGUAAGAGCAGCCUCAUGUUGAAUUUAGAAACUCUCCAUUAGAGAUAUGUUGCUCCGGAUGUUUAAACACAGCAAAUAAGGGAUGGGAGAGCUCCUGGGAUGAAGUGGGGACAGAAGAGAUGCUGCUGAGAUAGACAGCGACAGAAAGGCAGCAGGCAGGAGGUGGUAGUUUUGUGCUGACACAAUGUACACAUCCCAUUGGAUGUACUAAGUAGAAGAAACCGUGACUCUGCUAAGAUUAACUGCGAGGUGAUCAUUAUUUUACUGUCAAGCCUGCUGUGGUCACUGGUGUCUGGGUAACCUGUACCAGUUUCUAUGGGUCAGAAACACCUUUGCCUUUCAGAAGGCACUGCAGCUUGUCUUUGUAUACGAGUCAUUGGAAUUUAGCAAUUUCUCUAAUAAACCUUGGUCGCCUACAUGGAGAUCUCUCAGUCCUAUGCCAGAUCAAGCCUGCCACCCACAGCAAGGUACUGGCGGCUGAGGCUCUCAUGAGGAGCAGUGCAGCCAAAUGGGAUGCAGUUAUAACCACUGCCCCAGACUAAUCUGUGCCCACAAACUCCUGCUCUUAGAAUUCCCAUGUCGGGUCAGCUUAUGUUUUGGGAGGGAUCAAGAUGUAUUACAUUCGUUUGUGACUCUGCUACACUUGGCUGUGCUGCAGAGGAUGGGCUGGAGCAGGGAGGAUGAUACAUGGUCAGCUCAAACUCCUUCUGAUGCCUCUGCCAGGAGUUUGGAGUGGCAGAAGCAAGGUCAAGUGUUGCCUUAGGAUAUUCCUGUUUGGUUUUUUUCCUCACUAUCAAUUUUCUGUGAUAUGAUUUGGGCAUCUGCAAGUCCUUGAAAAUGGUGAGUGAGAACUUGGAUGAGAUGUCAAAGAAGCCAGGGUCCUCGAGUCUGCUGUUGUCAAGAGGUGUUGCAUGGGCAGCAGCCACUGGGACACACUCUUCUUCUCUGCCCUGCUUCUGCAAAGCUCCUGCAGAAACUCAAAAAGCUCCUUUUGCUGCCCUGCCAGGGCCAGCUUCUCAGGCAGACCUGGCAGCAGAUGGUGUCACUGCAGUACCCAAGGCUGCUCCCAUGGCCCUGGUGCCAGGUGUAACACAAAGCUCUCUGUGGCACAGCAGGAAAGGCAGAAAAAGCGCACAGUUGCAUCCCGACAGAAAAAAGGGGUCGCCCUGAGUUUCCCUCUGCUAUUUGUGUUUUUAAAUAGUCCCAAGCAUUCACAGGGUGCAGCUGUUUUCGGGACGAUGUGCUACAAUGUGAUUUUAUCGGUCACGAGUCAAUUAAACAUCCCACUAAACCAUUCAAUAGCCUUUAAAAACACACAAGCAAAAAAAUCUCAGGCACAGCAGCUCCCUCUGCUGAGUAAAGCUGCCUCUGGUGUUCAGAGCAGCUCCCCGUCCUACCUCUGCCAGCUGGGCCAAGCAGAGGCUGCUGAGGCUGUGGGAGAUGUGAUGUUCCUUUGAUUGAUUCCCAUUGCUUUUUUUCCUCUUCAGUCACGAAGACACGGCUUUUAGUCUGUUAGUCUAAUCAGCACAUUACAGAUUCCUCUCGGAGCUGCAGCCAGGUAGGAGCACAGCAUGCAGGGGAAGACACUCUCUCCUUUUUUACCGGUUUGUUUGUUUUGGUUUUUCUUUUUUUUUUGUUCUUCCACAAAAUAACUAUCCAGAAGCUGCACGUGAAGAAUCGGAGGAGGUGGGGAUGUUUCCAUGGCAUCUCUAUCCCAACCAAGGAGCCUGUCGUGGUGACAAGGACCCGUGGCUCUGCAGCUAUGCUGAUGAGGUCACCAAAAGGUGUUCAAAAGUUUAUUUAGCGGGGGGGCUUAUGAUUUAUAAAUAAAGCCUGUGGAAAGGCUUUCAAUGCACCCUU